UUCACUGCAGUCAGACUCUGCCAGUAUGGGAAUGUCGCUAGCCAUUUCCUCCAGUUAGCCGUGAAAAGACGGCGAUAUCAAACAUAAAACAGACGACACGGGAACCAUGUCACACCAUAAGGUGGUGACCGGAUGCAAACUGGUCGCCGUGAUUCUUCUGUGGCUUGGUGCCUCUGCUGAAGACAGACGUGCAGGCCGUGCUCAUGCCGCAGAGCCCCAGGAGCACACAUCACACCGCUCUAUUGGAUUGUCUGACUUGGUGAUAGUGAUCCAGAGUCAGAGGAACUCCUUCCACGCCCGCCGAGGUGGUCAGAGGAAGGUGGAGAUUCUUCAGCAGGCAGCCGAGCUGGGACAGGGAGAUCCAGUUGUUCUUCUUCUCCAUGAGCUGUUAGAGUAUGAAAGGGAUUGGAUGAUCAUCCCGUUGCUUCCUAAUCUCUCCGCCACUUAUGGCCAAUCAGCAUCCUGGUUUUUCUUCAUCGAGGAGGAAACCAUCAUCACACUGCCUAAUCUGCUGAAGGUCCUCCACAGAUAUGAAGUCCAGGAGGAAUGGUUUUUGGGUAAGCGUCUCCAUGACAACGAGGCCUCCAUUAUCCACCACUAUGCGUUCUCUGAAGACCCCAGUUCCUUUAGUUACCCUGACCCUGCAGCAGGCUGGGCUCUCAGCAUACCGCUGCUCCAGAGACUCGCUGAGCAGAUCAAACAUAAGCAUCUGAAGUCAGACUUCACUAUCGACUUGAAACACGAGUUGUCUUCAUGCCGGUCUUUGUUUUUCGAGCUUGCGUUGUACAUUUGGGAGGAAGGAAAUGGUCCAAAGCUGACAGCAGUUCCAGAGUUUUGUACAGACACGAGCGACAAAUGUGCAACAACAUUUACAACCUACCUGCCCAACUGUGGAAAUCCGGUGUCGAGGAAAGAAGUAUUUGUUGCUGUGAAAACUUGCCACAGAUUCCACUCAGAACGAGUCCCAGUUGUUAAGGCAACCUGGGAAAAAGAUGCUGGGUUUUUAGAGUAUUACAGCGACGUCACUGAUGCCUCCAUACCCACAAUCAAUCUGGGAGUGCCCAACACUGAGAGAGGGCAUUGUGGGAAGACUUUUGCCAUCUUGAGGCGGUACUUGAGCAAAGAUGUGCCAGAGGCUGAUUGGCUACUCAUUGUGGAUGAUGACACACUCAUCAGUUUACCCAGGUUGAGGCGACUGCUGCGAUGCUACGACCCAAAGGAGGCGGUGAGCCUGGGUGAGAGAUACGGCUACAGCUUGCUUCUGAACGGAUACAGCUACACCACCGGAGGAGGAGGGAUGGUCCUCAGUCGCGCGGCGGUGUCCAGGCUAGUUUCCAGUGGGUGUCGCUGCUACAGUGAUGAUGCUCCUGAUGACAUGGUGCUGGGCAGGUGCUUCACUUCCUUGGGUGUUCCCAUCACACACAGUCCACUGUUCCACCAGGCACGACCAUGUGACUACUCCGAAACAUUGGAGCAGGCCGUCUCCUUCCACAAGCACUGGAACAUAGAUCCUGUUAUCGUCUACAAACACUGGCUGCAGGACACACAACCCACGGUUGAACUGUAGGAACACUGUGUUUACAAUCCAUAACGCUUUCAAUACUGUAGACAAACAUUCAUUUUACAGCAUAGACCUAAAGAUAAAUAAACAAGCAGCAAAACGCGCCCUGAAACAUAAUUCUUACCUGCCUUAAUGAAUGAGAGCAGAACAGCUUUAUUAAAAAGCACCAACAGACAGACAAACCUGCUGAGUGAAUAAAAUGGUUCUCUGCUUCCACUGGAUGAGUAGCUUUAACCUUCCUCCUGUGUUAGCUUUCUGUUACCAUCUCUUAUGUUAACAGGUCGGUUUUGACCCGUGUCUUAAAUCAGCUGUAAAAUACACUAAAAACAAUUAUCUAUCAUCCAAUUUUUUUCUCAUCUCUUGGUUACCUUGUUAGGCUUCCUUAUCCAUUAAAAUAUUGGUUUUAAUAUUUUUGGUGUGGGCCUCUGGGCCUUUUCUUUGUCAGUAUACGUGGGCUUUUUGUCACUUCUUGAUGACACAGCUGCAUCUUUGUGAAGAGUAGACAUAAGUAUCACAUUCCGUUUUUUUUUGGACAAUAUGAGACAACAGUGGUGGUGUCUGUAAAAGCAAACUUUGCAGAAAGUGGAGCCCUGUCCUUCACCUGCAAGAUUUCAACAGGCAGCUCAGGUUUAUUUUUCUUCACUGUGCCCACCAUGGUAAGUUUCCUCCUGAGAAGUUCUUGUCCAAGGUUAUAGCUGGUAAAGAAAUUGUGCCGUCUUUGUUUUGUUUUUGUGCAGGUAUACUGGAUAACAAUGCAAAAUGAGAAUCCCCUAAAGCUCACAUGAUUGGGAGAGGAGCUGGCUGUCACUGUGUUGGCUGACAGUGCACUUAUGAUUUCAGUUUUGGCUCUAAUUAUUGCUUUAUAAUCUUAUUUUUAUAACCGGGUCGAAACCGACCCUAACAACACAAAGGUCAUAAUUUCAACCAGAGCAUUUUAUAAUUUAGUGAAACAAAAUGUUUUUGUUUUAUUUUGUUGAAAUAGAGGUUCCUGGCAAAGUCAUAAAGCCUUGAUGCAAAUAAACCAAUUUAUGUGGUUCUUUUAUGCAUUUAAAACCUAAAACGGGUCGGUGCCGACCCUAACACAAGAGGAAGGUUAAACACCUGUAUACGUCAGGGAUUUGAAGAUGACUCUGUGUCUGUCCUUUUGCCCAUGACAUGUCACAACUGACAGGGAAAAGGUCUACAACAAGACACAACAGUGCUUUGAGUUCUAAUGCUGCCAUCGGCAGGCUCACAUGCUCAUGUUUAGCAGGUACGUUUACCAUGGUCUGCAUCUCAGUUAGCAUGCUAACAUUUGACUGUGAGAGAAAAUGACACACUUAGAGACUUUACAUUUCUGGAAAAGCCGGAGGACUUCCUGUGGACAUCAGCGGUGUCUAUCAGCGGUCAUCUAGACUGGAUCUGAAAGCGCUCACUGAUUUGACAUUGAGCCACACUGGCUGCCACUUGGAUUGUGAGAGUGGAUGUCUUGAGAGUAACUGCUGUCACUUUACCCCAAAACCAAAAUGUGACCAUAAACCCAGAUGUUUCAUUUAUUGAAAAAAGAUUGUGUUGAUAUAUUUGUGUGAUCUGAUAUGUAUGAUACAUCUUGUAUUGGUGAUGUCUCAAGACAUACACUGUUUAUUUGUGUUUUAUUUAAUUUAUUUAGCCAGUUAAGUCAAUCUCUACAAGGGAGACCUGAAGUUGCGGAACAAACAAUACAACAUCAGGUUAGAUCAAAUACUACUAAACAAGUAAAAGUACUAAGACAUCGAAAAAGCAUGUAAGCUAAGAAUAGAGACAAUUAACAAAGGAGUAAUUUGCCCUAGAAUAUAAUAAUUGGAUUAAUUGGCCCCAGUAAUAUUCUAUACUAUUGUGUUAAUUUUCCUUAAUGCAAACACACUUUUUGAAAAAUGCUUAUUCUUUUUCCCGUGAGUUCCCAAAAUAUCUAACUGUUCCUUUCAUUUAAAAUGUCUGUUAAAUAUUCUGAAACACAUUUCCAAAUUCUGCAUAAAAAGUUGUGCACAUGUUUUUAUGAACUUUUUAUACAGUGGGUACGGAAAGUAUUCAGAGCCCUUUAAAAUGUUUCACUCUUUGUUUCAUUGCAGCCAUUUGCUAAAAUCAAAAAAGUUCAUUUU